CAACCAAUUUAUUCCACUGUCUGAUCUUGAUCCCAUCAAACAGUAAUAAUUAGCAAGAAAAUUAAUGGCAAAAAAUAAUAUAGUUCAUUGUCUUCUCAUCCUGGUCUUGUUUUCUUCUUCCUCCCGAGCAUCCAAUGGAGCCUACAAUGUGGAAAGCUUUGGAGCAAAACCAGACGGCAGGACUGAUUCUACACAAGCAUUUGUGAGGGCCUGGUCGGCUGCUUGCAUGUCGACAGGCCCAGCCACCGUGUACGUUCCUAGAGGGAGUUUCUUGGUAAAGCCGAUUGUGUUUAGUGGGCCAUGCAAGAAUAAGAUAUUGUUUAGGAUUGAUGGGAAAAUUUUAGGACCUUCAAAUUACUGGUCUUAUGGCAGUUCAGGAUUUUGGAUCUUAUUUUAUAAGGUUUCAAGGGUUAAUAUCCAUGGUGGCAUUGUUGACGCUAGAGGACGUAGCUAUUGGGCUUGCCGGAAUGCUGGAAAGAUUUGUCCACCUGGAGCUAGGUCCAUAUCAUUGGUGGCCUCAAGAAAUGUGAUAGUGAGCAGAUUAAUAUCGAUGAACAGCCAGAUGUUUCACAUUGCUAUAGACCAAUGCCGUAAUAUUGUGCUUGAAAACCUCACGAUUUCAGCCCCAAGUUUGAGUCCCAACACCGAUGGAGUUCACAUACAAUCUUCUACUGGAAUCAACAUUUCAAACUCCACCAUCAAGACUGGCGAUGAUUGCAUUUCAAUGGGUCCUGGCUCCAAGAACAUCCUCAUUCAACGCAUUGCCUGUGGCCCUGGACAUGGAAUCAGUAUUGGGAGUCUAGGAGAGCAUAGCCACGAAGAUGGUGUACAAAAUGUGACAGUAGCAGCUACAGUUUUCAAAGGCACUCAAAACGGUGUUAGAAUAAAAUCAUGGGGAAGGCCCAGCUCUGGCUUUGCUAGUAAUAUUGUUUUUCGCAAUAUCGUCAUGAAAAAUGCCUACAAUCCCAUUAUCAUCGAUCAGAAGUAUUGUCCCAGUGGUCAUGGAUGUCCUCAUCAGAAUUCAGGUGUGAAGAUAAGUGGGGUGACAUAUGAGAAAAUAAGAGGAACAUCAGUGACGCAAGUAGCUAUGAACUUCAUAUGCAGUUCAAGUAAUCCAUGCAGAGGAAUUAAAAUGCAGGGCAUUAAUCUUACGUACUUCAAUAGACCUAUUGCAACAUCAGUUUGUGUCAAUGCACAUGGCACUGCUUCUGGAUCUGUUCUCCCACCAAGUUGUUUCUAAAACAUUAUUAAUAUUUUCUAUUUUGUUAAAUAAGAAAAUCUUGAAAUUCAUUUAUUUCAUUUUUUUUAAAUCGAACCCAACGUUAUUAAGAUGUAAAAGUUUGAUC